AAAACCUCUCAUUUUCUCGGCAACCAAACAAGGGUUUAGUACCGUUGGAGUCGAACAAGGCUCUCGAUCUCUCCAGAUUUAGUUGGCAUUUGUUGAGUUCAUUGCUGUUUGUAGUGGAUAUUUUGUUCCAUAGUCAUAAGCUAUGGAGAGGCUCCGGAGUCAUGCUAUUGUUAUCCUGGCAUUGUUGGUUGUAUCAUGUUUGGCUUUGGUAGCAAAUGGGGACGAGAAGACGAUUCAGGUGAAGAAGGUGAAGGGGAAGAAGAUGUGCAUGCAGGGCUGGGAGUGCAGUUACUGGUCGAUCUACUGCUGUAAUGAGACGAUAUCAGAUUAUUUCCAGGUUACCCAGUUCGAGCAGCUCUUCUCUAAAAGAAACUCUCCUGCAGCUCAUGCUGUUGGUUUCUGGGACUACCGGUCCUUCAUCACCGCUGCUGCGAUAUAUGAGCCCCUCGGGUUCGGGACUACGGGAGGAUAUCUAAUGGGACAGAAGGAGAUUGCGGCAUUUCUUGGCCAUGUUGCCAGCAAGACCUCAUGUGGUUUCGGGGUUGCAACAGGAGGACCGACAGCUUGGGGUCUCUGCUAUAACAGGGAAAUGAGCCCAAGCCAGUCUUACUGUGACGAGUCUUGGAAAUACACAUAUCCCUGCGCCCCAGGAGCUGAAUACUACGGCCGUGGUGCCUUGCCCAUCUACUGGAACUACAACUACGGCGCAACGGGAGAGGCCCUGAAAGUGGAUCUGCUACACCACCCGGAAUACAUCGAGCAGAAUGCCACACUUGCCUUCCAAGCUGCAAUAUGGAGAUGGAUGACACCGAUCAAGAAAUCACAGCCCUCGGCCCACGACAUAUUCGUUGGGAACUGGAAACCGACAAAGAACGACACUCUGUCCAAACGUGGACCGACCUUCGGGACCACCAUGAACAUCCUGUACGGAGAUCUGGUAUGUGGACAAGGAGACAUAGAGGGGAUGAACACCAUAAUAUCACACUACCAGCACUUCCUGGACGAUUUGGGGGUGGGACGAGAAAAGGCCGGGCGGCAUGAAGAACUCACCUGCGCCGAGCAAAAAGCCUUCAACCCUUCUCCUGCUCCUUCCUCUUCUUCCUCCUGAGUCACCUUCUCCUCUGUGUGGCCAUUUGUUCUCAUGUGUGGAAAUCGAGUUAUAUAUAUAUAUAUAUAUAUAUAUAUAUAUAUAUGUGAGAAUGAUGUUUCAAAAUAAGAUGAACUAUAUAUGUAAAGCAGGGAGAUGGAAGAAAAAAGGAUGAAAAAACAACAUUGAUCAAAAGAAGAAUGAAUUAUAGAGUACAAGCGUGGAAUUUAUCCUCUA